CUGCAUGUAACUAUUUUAAAAUGCACUACAGAUUCAAAUCAUGAAUUUCUUUUCCCAAUACGUUCCACUUUAUCUUUGCUUCUCUCCUUCUGCAUGUAACCAAAGCCACAUACAUCCUCUGUUCAAACAUACGGUGCUGGUCAACUGAAAGAACAAUAUAAAAUUCCUUGUUCACACACGCAUCCCCUCAUAGAAAUGCUGCUCCUAUAAAUCCUAUCCAGAGCAAUUGUGAUUAAUUAGCAUAGCAGCAACAAAUGAAAAUGGUGGUGGCACAAAUUAGAGGUGGCCAAGGUGGCGUUGGGUGGAAGGAGAUGAGGGGAUUUGGCCUCCGGGUGAUAACCGGGCGGUGGUUCAUGGCCUUCACUUCGCUACUAAUCCAGGCGGUGGCCGGAGCAACAUACAUGUUUGGUUUGUACUCCACUGACAUUAAAACAUCAUUGGGGUAUGACCAAACUACCCUCAAUUUGUUGAGCUUCUCCAAGGACUUCGGAGGAAGUGUUGGGAUCAUUUCGGGACUCAUCAACGAAGUCACGCCGCCGUGGGUGGUUCUCUCCAUUGGAGCAAUCAUGAACUUCUUCGGCUACUUCAUGAUGUGGCUCGCAGUGACUGGCAGCAUUUCGAAGCCGCCGGUAUGGCAGAUGUGCAUGUACAUAUUCAUCGGUGCAAAUUCUCAAUCCUUCGCCAAUACAGGCGCUCUUGUCACCAGCGUCAAGAACUUCCCGGAAAGCAGAGGAAGCGUGUUGGGGCUGUUAAAGGGGUACGUCGGCCUCAGCGGCGCAAUCUUGACUCAGUUGUACCGUGCCUUCUACGGGGACAAUUCAAAAGCUCUGAUUUUGUUCAUUGCCUGGCUUCCGGCCGCGGUGUCCAUCAUUUUCCUCAGGACGAUUCGGAUAAUUAAGACCGUCCGGCAGGAAAAUGAGCUCAAAGUUUUCUAUCACCUCCUCUACGUUUCUCUGGGUCUCGCCGGAGUUCUCAUGGCCCUGAUUAUAAUACAGAACAGGCUGAAUUUUAUGAGAAUUGAGAACUCCAUAAGCGCUUCCGUUGUCGCCGUUCUGUUGUUCUCGCCGGUUGCUGUAGUCGUCAGAGAAGAAUUCAACCUCAUGAAAAACAAAAGACAAGCCCUGAAUGAUCUUCCUCAACUCAAAGUAGUGACUGAAAAAUCACCGCCUGCGGAGUUACGCGCGGCAACAGAGGCAGCGACGCCUCAAACAGAGAAGCACGUUUCCUGUUUGGAAAACGUUUUUAAGCCGCCAAACAGAGGCGAGGACUACACAAUCUUACAAGCGCUUUUCAGCAUCGACAUGUUGAUUCUGUUCGCCGUGACAACCUGCGGUGUCGGCGGAACACUUACAGCAAUCGACAAUUUGGGUCAGAUCGCAGCAUCUCAAGGCUACCCAAGGCACGCCACUACAACCUUCGUCUCCCUCGUUAGCAUAUGGAACUACCUCGGACGAGUAGUUUCUGGAUUUUCGUCAGAAGUGUUACUAACAAAAUACAAAAUCCCCCGGCCCCUGCUUCUCACGAUCGUGCUCCUCAUCUCCUGCGUCGGCCACCUCUUAAUCGCAUUUGCAGUCCCAAAUUCUCUGUAUUUCGCCUCUGUGAUCAUGGGAUUCUGCUUCGGAGCCCAGUGGCCGUUGGUGUUCGCCAUUAUUUCUGAGAUCUUCGGACUCAAGUACUACUCUACUCUGUACAAUUUCGGAGCAAUUGCCAGUCCGGUCGGACUUUAUAUUCUAAACGUGGCGAUAACCGGUAAAUUAUACGACGAAGAAGCUCGGAAGCAAUUGGAAGCUUUGGGGCGUAAUAGGAAAGAAUGGGAGGACUUGACGUGCACCGGCGUGCAGUGUUACAGAACGGCGUUCAUAAUGAUGACGGCCGUCUCAGUUUUCGGGUGCUUUGUUUCUUUGGUUCUGGUUCUCAGGACCAGGAAAUUUUACAAAAGUGAUAUUUACAAGAAAUUCAGGGAAGAUGCUACAGCGGCAGAAAUUGGCAUGACUUCCGGUGGAAAUGGCAGUGAAAGGGGAGUUCCGGCGGAGGAAGUUCAAACUAGAACUACUGCAGCUACUGCUGCCGCCACAACCACCAUUGUUGACUAACGGAAAGUAGCUGCUCUUGGUUUGAACGGUUUAAGGAUCUGCCACGAUUGGAAUGAGAUCUUCAUAUGACUUCUAGUGUAAAAAAAUAAAUAAAUAAUGGAAAUAUAUAUAGUAGGUACUU